CAAGAAUUACAACUGGCUCAAAAUCAAAACCUAACCAGCGCCACAGAUCAAAAAAAGCCAAACCAACGCCGACUUUAACAGGGAGCUCAAGUAGGCUCGACCACACUCGAUUAGUCCCACCCCCUGGCCUCCCACCUUCCCCCCUUUCUCUCCCGCGAAGAGUGUGAGAGUGGAUUGGGGUGCCGUGCAGUCUUAGAAGCUGAAUCUGCGGUUCUGUCUCACUCUUUCACUUCGAACGGAUCUGUGCUGCUACUGAAGCUUGUGUGUGGUCAAAAGAGAUGAAGCACAGGAGCGACCUCGCUCCCAAAGCUCAGCUACUCAAAUACUGCCUCAUCGGUCUGAUUGCGUGUCUUGGGUUAGUUUGUUUGUACUACGGGUCGUCUUCUGCUCCGGGUUCACGGAGAUCCGACGAAGAAGUUUCCAGCUCCGAUGGGGUCUUCCCUGGGUUCGUUCCCCAUCGUGAUUUCGAUGAUUUACACGAAGAUCAGGAGCAUAAUCCCGAGGUCCCCAAGAGCAUACCUGUCUGUGAUAUAAAGUUUUCAGAGUUGAUACCUUGUUUAGAUAGAAACCUUAUUUAUCAAUUGAAAUUGAAGCCCAACCUGACAUUAAUGGAGCAUUAUGAGCGGCACUGUCCGCCUCCGGAUCGGCGUUAUAAUUGCUUAAUACCGCCUCCAAUUGGUUACAAGAUCCCUAUAAGAUGGCCAGCAAGCAGAGAUGAAGUUUGGAAGGCCAACAUCCCUCACACGCAUCUUGCACAAGAGAAGUCAGAUCAGAAUUGGAUGGUUGUGAACGGGGACAAGAUCAAUUUUCCUGGUGGAGGAACACAUUUCCAUUAUGGAGCUGAUAAGUACAUUGUUUCUCUUGCUAGAAUGCUUAAAUUUCCUGGUGAUAAAAUCAACAAUGAAGGAAACAUUAGAAAUGUCCUUGAUGUGGGAUGUGGAGUUGCAAGUUUUGGUGCCUAUCUGCUCCCUCACAAUGUCAUAGCUAUGUCGCUUGCUCCUAAUGAUGUACAUGAGAAUCAAAUACAAUUUGCACUAGAGAGGGGGAUUCCGGCUACCCUUGGUGUGUUGGCUACAAAAAGGCUUCCCUAUUCAAGCAGAUCAUUUGAGCUUGUACAUUGUUCACGAUGUCGAAUUGAUUGGCUUCAAAGAGAUGGAAUCCUCUUGUUAGAACUCGACAGAUUACUAAGACCAGGAGGGUAUUUUGUGUAUAGUUCUCCUGAAGCAUAUGCAUCUGAUCCUGAAAAUCGUAGGAUUUGGAAUGCAAUGUAUGAUCUUCUAAGGAGGAUGUGCUGGAGAGUUGUUGCAAAGAAAGAGCAGAGUGUGAUUUGGGCAAAGCCACUGUCAAACAGUUGCUACUCGAAGAGAGAACCUGGGACGCUGCCCCCUUUGUGCAGCAUUGAUGAAGACCCAGAUGCAACCUGGAAUGUGAGCAUGAAGCCUUGUAUAUCUCGGUACUCAGCAAAGAUGCACAGGGCAAGAGGGAGUGGACUAGAUCCUUGGCCUCAGAGGCUCACUGCUGCACCUCCUCGCCUGGAAGAACUUGGUAUCAGUCCUGAAGAAUUCCUAGAAGACACCAGCAUAUGGAAUUUUCGAGUGCUUGAGUACUGGAAGCAGAUGAAGUCUGUGAUGCAGAGAAACUCCAUCAGAAAUGUUAUGGAUAUGAACUCAAACCUUGGUGGGUUUGCUGCUGCCCUAAAUAAUAAGGAUGUCUGGGUGAUGAAUGUAGCUCCUGUACACGCUUCUGCCAGAUUGAAGAUUGUGUAUGACAGAGGUUUAAUUGGAACUGUACAUGACUGGUGUGAAUCGUUUUCCACAUACCCGCGCACAUAUGACCUUCUCCAUGCAUGGGCAGUUUUUUCAGAGAUUGAUGAGCGUGGUUGUGGUGUAGAGGACUUGUUGAUUGAAAUGGAUCGGAUGCUAAGGCCAGGUGGGUUUGUCAUCAUAAGAGACAAGCUCUCUGUUAUAAACUAUAUUCGGAAAUUUGUGAGCGCAUUAAGGUGGGAUGGUUGGCUAUCAGAAGUAGAACCAAGGAUUGAUGCUCUGUCCUCAAGUGAAGAUAGAGUUUUGAUCGCUAGAAAGAAGUUGUGGAACGAGGGUCUGAUGACAAUGUGAAUGUACCUUAGUUGUCAGUAUUGAGAGUUCCAGUCACUUGGGAAAAUGAUUGUAUGGAGAAAGAAGGCGCUUUGGAAACCUGUCUCUGCAGAAGAGAAAGAUGUACUACAGCAUAGAGACAUAUAGAGAUACAAACAAUCAGCUAGAAGAUUUUAUUUUUUUUAAACCUUUGUUAUUAAAUGGGAAUGCAUUAUUUUUGUAACUAAUCUAAAUUAAGCCGAAAAAAGUGAGGAAAAAAAAAAAAAAAAGGAGCGAGUAAUGUGCUGCAUAAACGAAUGAAAAUAUUCUGUAAUAUCUGAACCUUCAAUGCUUAAUUAAUAAAUUUGAGAGGCUAAUCCUGAUAA